AUGUCUUCUAAAACCGAAGCCAAGGGUUUGGUGCUAGAAAACACUGCUCGUAGAGAUGCAUUGAUUGCCAUUGAGAAGAAGUACCAAAAAAUAUGGGCUGAUGAACAUUUGUUUGAGAUUGAUGCGCCAUCUAUCGAAGAAGAAAAUGUAAGUGUGGACCCAGAGGACCUGCAACAAAAGUACCCCAAGUUUAUGUCUUCGAUUGCUUAUCCAUACAUGAAUGGUGUCCUACAUGCCGGCCAUCUAUUCACUCUUUCCAAGGUGGAGUUUUCCGUGGGGUUUGAGAGAAUGAAGGGCAAGAGAGCCUUGUUUCCUUUGGGAUUCCAUUGUACUGGUAUGCCUAUUCUGGCUUGUGCUGACAAGCUGAAGAGAGAAGUGGAGCUUUUCGGUGAAGAUUUUGCCAAAGCUCCCGCCGAGGACGAAGAAGAGGCAACGGAGAAUGUCAAAGAAGAAGUCAAGCCAGAGUCCGAAGAUGUAACAAAGUUCAAAGCUAAAAAGUCAAAGGCAGCUGCCAAGAAGGGUCGUGGUAAGUAUCAGUUUGAGAUCAUGUUGCAACUAGGUAUUCCAAGAGAAGAAGUGGUCAAAUUUGCCGACCCUCAGCAUUGGCUAGUAUACUUUCCACCCCUGUGUCAAGAAGACUGUUCCUCCAUCGGUACCCGCAUCGACUGGAGACGUUCUUUCAUUACGACUGAUAUGAAUCCUUACUACGACGCCUUCAUUAGAUGGCAAAUGAACAAGUUAAAGGAAGCAGGUAAGAUCAAGUUCGGUGAGCGCUACACCAUUUAUUCCGAAAAAGAUGGUCAAGCUUGUAUGGACCACGACAGACAGUCUGGCGAAGGUGUCACUCCUCAGGAGUAUGUCGGUAUCAAAAUUGAGGCUACUGAAUUCGCUGAGGCUGCGCAAAAGAUUGUCAAUACCGCGGACGGUAUUGACAGAUCCAAAAAGUUCUACUUUGUCGCCGCCACUUUGAGACCAGAAACCAUGUACGGCCAAACAUGUUGUUUCGUUUCCCCUAAGAUAGACUACGGUGUCUUUGAUGCCGGUGAUUCCUACUACAUUACCACCGAAAGAGCCUUCAAAAACAUGUCAUACCAAAAGUUGACCCCCAUCAGAGGCAGUUAUAAACCCAUCGUUACUAUCAGCGGUAAAGAUUUCAUUGGCUCUAAAAUUCAUGCUCCACUCUCUGCUUACAAGGAGUUGAGAAUUUUGCCAAUGGAAACCGUAAUUGCUACCAAAGGUACCGGUGUUGUCACUUGCGUUCCUUCCAACUCUCCAGAUGACUUUAUGACCACCAAGGACUUGCAGAAUAAACCCGAGUACUACGGAAUUCAAGCCGAUUGGGUAAAACAUGAAAUUGUUCCAAUCAUUCACUCCGACAAGUACGGCGAUGUGACAGCUGAGGCGAUCUGCAAAGAACUAAAGAUCAAAUCUCCAAAAGACACUGUCCCUUUAGCUGAAGCGAAGAAGCUGGCCUACAAAGAAGACUUUUACAAUGGUACCAUGAUAUAUGGUAAGUACAAGGGCGAUAAGGUGGAAGUUGCCAAGAACAAAUUGAAGGCUGAUUUGAUCGCAGCUAAAGCAGCUUUCGUAUACAAUGAACCGGAAUCCUUGGUCGUGUCUCGCUCUGGCGAUGACUGUAUCGUCUCUCUUGAAGAUCAAUGGUACGUGGAUUAUGGUGAGGAAAGCUGGAAAGCUCAAGCAAUCGAAUGUUUGGACAAGAUGGAGGUAUUUGCUCCAGAAGUAAGAAAUGCUUUUGAAGGUUGCUUGGACUGGUUGAAGAAUUGGGCAGUCUGUCGUACCUACGGUCUGGGAACUAAUCUCCCUUGGGAUGAAAAAUACUUGGUAGAGUCACUUUCUGACUCCACCAUCUACCAGGCGUUCUACACGUUUGCUCAUUUGCUUUUCAAGGACUACUACGGUAAAGAAGUGGGCCCGCUUGGUAUUGAGGCUCAUCAAAUGACGCCAGCUGUUUUUGAUUACGUUUUCCAACACGUUGAUGACGUUGAGACUGAUAUUCCUCUUGAAAGUUUGCAGAGACUAAGAAGAGAAUUUGAAUAUUUCUAUCCUUUGGAUGUAUCCGUGUCUGGUAAGGAUUUGAUUACCAACCAUUUAACCUUUUUCAUUUACACUCACGUCGCUUUGUUCCCCAAGAAAUUCUGGCCAAGAGGCAUAAGAGCUAAUGGUCACUUGAUGUUGAACAACGCCAAGAUGUCCAAGUCGACUGGUAACUUUAUGACCCUAAAACAAAUUGUCGAAAAGUUUGGUGCUGAUGCAGCUCGUAUUGCUUUGGCCGAUGCCGGUGAUAGUGUCGAGGAUGCCAACUUGGAUGAAACCAAUGCCAACGCUGCCAUUUUGAGACUUUUCAAUUUGAAAGAGUGGGCUGAUGAGGUCGUGCAAAAUAUUUCUGAAUUCCGCACAGGAGAAGUCACUGGAUUUUUCGAUGUUGCAUUCGAGAAUGAAAUGAAUCACUUAAUAGAAGAAACCCACAAGCAGUAUGAACUCACCAAUUACAAAGCCGCCUUGAAGGUCGGUCUUUUUGACUUGCAAACAGCCAGAGAUUACUACCGUGAAUCAUGCAGUGUUAUGCAUAAGGGACUCGUCUUGCGUUACAUUGAAUUGCAGGCCUUAGCUUUGGCCCCUAUUGCUCCUCAUUUCGCGGAAUACAUAUGGCGGGAAGUUUUGGGCAACAGUACAUCAGUUCAAAUUGCCAAGUUUCCUCGUGCUUCCAAGCCUCUGGAUGUUGGCGCUUUGCCUGCUUUGGAGUAUCUCAAGGAUCUACAAAGGAGUAUUAGAGAAAGUGAGGGACAAGCUUUGAAAAAAAAGAAGGGCAAGGGUGCAGAUGUUGACAGUACUAAGCCCGCUAAGUUAGCUAUCCUCAUUUCGGAAUCGUUCCCAUCGUGGCAGAGUGAGUAUAUUGAGCUGGUACGCAAGCUAUUCGAAGCUCAAGGACUCAAUGAUAAUAAGAAGAUCAAGGAGGCCGUUAACCCCAAGGACAUGAAGCGUGCCAUGCCAUUUAUCUCUAUGCUAAAGCAACGUCUCGCUACCGAGCCAGUAGAGACCGUAUUCAACAGAGAGUUGCCAUUUGAUGAAGUUGCGGUGGUUAAGUCCACUGUUGACACCUUGAAGAAAUGUUGCCAAGCAAUCAAAUGUCAAGAGUUCCAAUUCAUUUCGUUUCCCCAUGGCGCUAAGGUUGGUACUGACAUCUUCACCGGAGAACAAGUUGAUCUUCCAAAUGCUCCUAAGGUACUGGAAAAUGCUGUUCCUGGUGCUCCUGGUAUCAUUAUCUCCAAUAUUUGA